AUGAGGCGUGUCAUUGUUGUCGAUGGAACAUUAUUGAAGAGUAAAUUCAAAGGGGUGCUACUGGUUGCAACUGCUAUAGAUGGAAAUUCAAAUUUAUAUCCUAUUGCAUUUGGGAUAGUAGACUCUGAGAAUGAACAGUCUUGGGAAUGGUUUAUGAGACAAUUAAAAGUUGUUGUUGCUGAUGAUAAUGGUUUGGCUUUUAUUUCGGAUAGACAAGUGUCAAUAGCGAAGGCACUGGAGAAAGUGUAUCCGCUAGCGAGACAUGGUAUUUGUAUUCAUUAUUUAUUGAAUAAUGUGAUAUCAUAUUUCAAGGGAAAGGGAUUAGUUGGGUUGAUUUCUAAGGUUUCGAAGGCUUAUAGAGUGGUUGAUUUCAAGAAGACGUUUGCUCAUGUUUGCAAUAUCAGUCCAGCAAUUGGAAAUUAUCUUAUGGAAGCGGAUGUCAAAAAGUGGGCUAGAUGUCAAUUUCAUGGAUACAGGUAUGACAUUAGGACAAACAAUCAUGCAGAGUCGAUAAAUUCUGCGUUGUGUUCGCCGAGAGAGUUUCCCGUAAUUCCUUUGUUGGACAGUAUUAGAGAAAUGCUGACACGCUGGUUCUUUAAGCGUAAGAAGUUGAUUUCAAAGCACACUCAUCGUUUGACCAUAGAUGUGGAGGAAAAGAUCGAUAGGAGAAUUGAAAAGGGGAAAACUUUCGGAGUUUACCCUGUAACCGAUAGCCAGCUGCUUGUUAAAGGCGAUACAAUUGACUGCUUUGUUGAUUUGGACAAACGGACUUGUUCUUGUGGGAAGUACGACCUCUUGAAAAUCCCUU